UUUUUAUCGGGACUGCUGAGGGAUUUUAUUUAUUUCUUCUAUUUGAUUUCUUAUUUCUUAGAGUUUACCAACAUCAAUGAUGAAGCAGCAUCUGUUCAUACUCCUGUUUUUCACAGAAGUUGUCCCCCUUGUCCAGUCUGUGACCCGUAAGUACUUUCUGGUCCAGCAGGGAAGAAAUUGGACUGAUGCUCAGACUUACUGCCAAGCCACAUACACCGACUUGGCUAUCAUCAAAAGUAAUGAUGACGUGAUCCAACUACAGAAUGAAGUACAGAGUCAGAAUUUCAAUUCCAGUGCUUGGAUUGGAAUGUACAGUAACCGUUACAGCUGGCACUGGUCCCUUGGCUAUGAACUAGUGACAAAUAUAUUGGGAAAUUGGAAGCUUGGAGAGCCAAAUAACUCUGGUGGAAACCAAAACUGUGGCGCUGCAUCUCCCUUGGGUUGGGCGGAUCAGGACUGUACUCUAUUGCGCCCCUUUCUGUGCUUUGAUGCAACAAAAACUGGCAACAACAGGUACAUUUACAUAUCUAAUACUGUACAAUGGCCUAAAGCUUUGGCUUACUGCAGACAGUAUUACACAGACCUGGCCAGUGCGAGAGAUGAAACAGAAAACUCAUUUAUACAGGCACUAGUCACCGGAAUUACAUGGUUUGGAUUGAUAAAAGACCCCUGGAAGUGGGUAGAUCAUACCAACUUCUCUACUAUCAGCUGGAUAUCUGGACAACCUGAUAAUAGCAUGCGGAAUGAAAAUUGUGGUUAUGUAUAUAUGGGCAAUGCCGCUGAUGCAUCGUGCACAGACAUUUUGCCUUUCUUCUGUUACUCAGUAAGCACAAAGCAACAAAUCAUAAAGAUGAAGAUCCAGUCCAGUCAGGAUUUGAAUGAUACUGCAGAAAAUGCGGCCAUCUUGGAGAAGAUCAAGCAGAAACUGAAGGAUAAUGGGAUAGUAGAGGACAGUGAGGUGAAAUGGAGAGUACAAUCAGAUGGAGAGGUGUUUCACAAGGAGAAAUAAACUAAUACUGCAAUAGAAAAAGGAGGUCUCUAAGUCUAUAGCUGUGUCUCAAAUACAGUAAUUCUGUAGUGCAUUAGUCAUUUUUGUUGAGUAGUAUGUUUAUUCAGUAAAUGUAAUAAGACGUAGUUCACUAUUAGAGGGAUGGUGAAGGGGAAAUAAUUAUUUACUCACUUUAAAAAUGCAUAACUUAUAUAUAGACAAUAUUCUUAUUGCUUUCAUUAUCAUAAGCAUUAAUUAACCAUUUUAUUCAUGAUCAGGUAGAAUUCAUGGACUAUGUGAUGUAAGAAUCAGCGAUUAAUGUGCAGAAUAUGUGUAGAAAUGUGCAGAAUAUCCCCCCUGCUGAGUCUUUCCCGCUUCCUCCUGUAGGAGCACAUUACUGUGCUCGUUUAAUUCACUGAGCUUUAAAGUUCUUAUAAUAGGCCUCAUUUAUCAAUAUUUUAGUAAAGUCGUGUGUAAAAACAACAAAGAAUGAACAAAAAAUUCCACCAGAUUUACAAAAGUUUUGGAAAGGCUGAUUUUCUUCAUACACACAUACCUAUAAAAAUGCAAAGCACAUUCCCAAAAAAUCAAGCACACAGAAGGCUGGAAACAAAAUGAAAACAUGACAGAAGAGGCAGAAAGGCAGUUAUAUUAACUCACGUCUAUGCCAAUAAAACAUAUUUAGUAGUGUACCAGCACCUGAAAAGAUCAACAUCUUGAGGGAAAUUACAGAAAAGGUGAAAUAGGUAUGAAUUAAGUGAGGUGAAAAGAAAUUGGCUUCACAUGAAAAUGGCAGAGAAAAAAAAGAUCUACACUGUACCCAGGUGAUCAUGCAAACCAGCAGGAAUCACAAAGUGGCCAAAGUGCUGGACGUGUUGAAAAAGCUUUGUGGCAAAAUAGGAGCAAUUUAAAAGCCAGCUUUCAUCCAUACUGGUCUUUAAACAUCCUUUCCCUCAUAUGCACAACCUUCUUCUUCUGCAUUUCUUUGGUUAUAAUUGAAUGACUAGUUUUAUUUGUUCUAAUUAAUGGGUUUUGUGUUUUAUUUUUCAUAUUCUUUAAUUAUUGCCAAUGAUGGCUUAGUGGUUAAGGCUCUGGGUUACUGAUCAGAAGGUUGGGGGUCAUGGCUGACCCUGUGCUCUGACCCCAACUUCCUAACAGCCUUGCAUAUGCAAAGAAUGAAUUUCACUGUACUGUAAUGUAUAUGUGAUAAAUAAAGGCUUCUAUUCUAUUCUUUGAAAAUAAAUUAGUUUCACAUAAUUUUCUUGAUAGUACUCUUAGGCUACAUUCACACUCCAGGCAACAGUAGCCCAAAUCAGAUUUACUGAACAAAUCCCAUUUUUUUGUUAAGCUAUGUGAAACUAUAUGUGGCCUAUAUCUGACAUUAGUCUGAAUAGAUCACGCUCCUAAACUGACCCGCAUGUGCAAAGCUAUGGUUCUAUGGUUCACAUCCUCAGUUUCUUUAAAUUGCUUUUCUUUCUUUCAAAGUUAAUUUUAUUGUUUUUUUCCCCCAUACAAAUCAAUUUAACACAAUCCUUCAACCAUCACAGACUAUUCCCAGAAUCACGCCCAUGCUGACCAUUAUGAGAUGAAUCGAAGAAUAAUACAAAACAUAUUUGCCCCAUCCUGAUUUCUUCUGUUUAUGUGUAUAUCUCAUACUAAUCAAACAAAAUACAACAUUAAAGAAAGGCAACCUGAGUAAACACACAAAACAGUUUUUAUUUA